GUGAAGCCUAAGGUAUUCCAACUCCCAGCGUUCUUUCCCUUGCAGCCCUUCCCAACAUCCAGCAAGGGGAGCUGAGAGCCCGGCCCUAUCCCCAUCACUGCAACCAAGCUGUCCCUGGCGCUCCUGUCUUCCCUCGUUGAAUGGUUCCAGCUCCAGCUUGGCAAGGAGGGACUGGCAGACAGAUCAGGGAACUGGUGAGCAGGAGGACUGAUGUGAGGAUCACACAAAGCUCAGGGGCAGAGGAUGGAGCCCGCUCCCCCCGCCGACAGGACUGCUUUCCAUCACAGCUGUAACUCUGCACACUCACGGAGAGUGAAGGUGGGAAGGAGUGACCAGAGGUGAUGGCUGCAAAGGUGAAAGAGAAAGCUGAAACAAGGAACAACAGCAAAGGGGAAAGCUGCCCUUUAACUCAGGCCGUAUCACAGAGUGAAAUCCUGCCUCCAUCAGUGUCAGCAGAGGGAUUGUGUGAUCAUAUAAAUUACAGAACACCAGCAAGAGGCAGAACGCAGCAACGUGCAGAGAAGCUGGCCCUGAUCCUGGUGCAGAAGAGCAAUCCUGCUGCUGUCAGAGGAGCUGCACUGACAUAAAUCUGCUGUAAGCAGGAGCAUCACAGAGCCCUGCAUUGGAUGUUUUCCACCUUCCAGAGUGAACGGGUGGACUCCUCUGAAGCAGACAAGCCUCAGUGUGCACAGCUGUCCUUCUGAGAUGGAUGUUGCUAUCUGCAGCAGGCAGCUUUGCUGGUUUUUCUUCCCCCACACCGUUUCUGCCAAGAGAACUGGAGGGCUGCGGUCGGUGGCACCACUGAGGGACACAUGAGCUGACAGUCAGUCUGCUGCAGCAAAUAUUGCAGUCGUUUCCAACAAAGGCAAAACAAAUCUCACGUAUUCAGUGGCACCGCAGGUCAGGCACGAAGCUGUGCCAGCUCCCACAGUUCGGGUAGGAAAAGAAACCCAAGCAGUGCAGAGAGAUGAAAAUGAUGGCUGACCAACCAGCCAGGAGCUUCUAAUCACAUUACUGCAUUCUGCACACAGUGUGCCAUCGCCGUGAGCUGCAGUCUGGAGCUCCAAAAACGUGCAAGAGCAGAACUCCUAUAAAACACUGACAGCAUUGGGAUCACCAGCACAAGGGAGCAUUCUGUUUGGAUUCUUUGCCCUGGAGGCAAUUGAUGACCUUUCUUCAGCUCCGUGUCAAUCUGGCCAUGCAGGGAGACUUCCCCACACUGACACCAGGUAGGAUUCUUCGUGCACAGUUGCUCCCAUGUAGCAUCCAAAGACCUCUCCGAGAUGUCAGGUUGCAGUCCGGAGGGGAAGCUCUGCGCACCGCACGGCAGCUCCCGGGGCUGCACCGCUCCAUUAAGCGCUCCGUGGGAGCCGCGCUGGGGAGCCGGGCCGGGGGGGCUGCCCGUGGGCUGCUCCGGGGGAGCCCCGCCACCCCCGGCACCCGGGCGCCAAAGGUGCUCGUGUUGCUGCUGCUGUUGCUGCUGCUGCUGGCGCGUUCCAUCCCAACUCCAGCCAGAGCCGGGGCAAGUUGAGCCGGAGACGUUUGAGCCGCCGCUGCGCUUUGGAGAGACGGGGGAGCGCGGCGGCACCAUGCCUGCCAUCAAGAAGGAGCGACUUGACAGGGAAGAGCUGGCCUUGGCGGCCUUCAACCAACCCAUGGAGACCCUCCCCGACUACCUCGCCCCGCUGGCCGCCGCUGCCAUGCCGGUGGUGGCCCCGCACCCGCCGGCGUACGAGCAGAUCUUCGCCCACCGCGCGUACCUGGGCUUCCACGAGAGCCCCCACCCCCCGCACCCCCCCCACCUCCCCGAGGACCUGAUGCUGGAGAGGUUCUCCUCCAUCCCGGAUUUCCAGCCCUUCUUUGACAACGGAGAGCCUUGCAUCGAGGUGGAGUGCGGGGAGAACAAGGCGCUGCUCUACAUCAAUAAGUUGUGCCAGGGGAGCAAAGGACCCUCCAUCCGCUACCGGGGCGAGUGGCUCACCCCCAACGAGUUCCAGUUUGUCAGCGGCAGGGAGACGGCCAAGGAUUGGAAGCGCAGCAUCAGGCACAAAGGGAAAAGUUUGAAGACUCUUAUGUCCAAAGGAAUCUUACAGGUACAUCCUCCAAUCUGUGAUUGCCCUGGGUGUCGAAUUUCGUCUCCAGUGAACCGGGGUCGCCUGGCAGAGAAGAGGACGAUCCCCCUGCCCCCAACCAGGAUCCCCAAGAAAGAGCUGACCUCCAUUUUCUCGCAUAGUGACGACAGCGAAGAGAGUGACAAGGGCAAUGGUCAGCACCCCGAAGUGAAGCAGGAAGAGGAUCUCCAUAUCAAUAUCAUGAAAAGAAGGAUACACACCCACUGGGAUUUAAACAUCUCCUUCCGAGAGACCUCUUGCAGCCGUGAUAACGACCUCUCCACUAUCAUCUCCAACCUGCAUCAGAGCCGCCAGCUCGUUAUGCCAGAGACCCAGAGCCGCUGUGAAUUCAAGAGGAACAGCGUGGAUGUUGGCUUGGGAGCUGCAGAUGACAUUUUAGGCAAGAGAAGAGUAUGCUCUCCCAACAGCAGCAGUGAGUGCCCGUUAGAGAGCAAGAAAGCCCGAAGUGAGUCCCCAAAGGAAAACUCCCACACGCCUCUGCUGGAGGACUCAGUGACUCAGAUGACCCCAGAGGAGCACUACAGGCGCAUGAUGUCGGCGCUGAACGAGCACGGCACGUUUGAGGAGCAGCAGCAGCAGCGGCUCUACCAGCUGGCCAACAGCAUGGCAGUGCCCAGCCACGGAGAUCUCCUCCGGGCUCGGCAGGAGGUGGCAGCGGCGGCGGCUGCGCGGAACCCGGGAGCGAUGGAAGCUCACAUCCCCACUGCCGGCAAUUCGUCCUCGCAACGCAGGAAGCAGGGCCUCCCCCAGCACAGGGACAGCCACUUCCCCGACAGGGAGAUAACCCACCCACCGCCUCUGCUCUCGCCCCAGAACGCUCCCCAUAUUGCCCUGGGGCCCCACUUGCGACCUCCUUUCCUCGGGGUGCCUUCAGCCCUGUGCCAGACACCAGGUUACGGGUUCCUACAGCCGGCACAAGCAGAGAUGUUUGCACGGCAGCAAGAGAUGCUACGAAAGCAAAACCUGGCAAGGUUGGAGAUGUCGGCUGAGAUCAUCCGCCAGAAGGAGCUGGAGAACCUUCACCGGCAACGACUGCUGGCUGGUGACCCUCUAAGCCUGCACCCCGGCUUGCCCCCGGACCACCCCGCCCUGCGCAACGUGCACGACAUCCCCGAGGGCCACCCGCUGCGGGACGAGCUGUCGCGACGCAACGCCAUGCUGGUGCUGCGGCACAACAACGCACCGCUGCUGUCCCUCAACCCCAGCAUCCCCAGCAGCUCCACGCCGCCCAAGGAACAGCCGCGGCGGGGCAGCCGGAAGGCGGCACAUCACCGCGCCGAGCCGCAGGGAUCCAGCGAGGCCAAGGAAGCGGCGGAGCCGCGGGCGCGGGACGGAGCACAGGACUGUAAUGACGAGGAGAUGAAGGACUCGGAGAGCGACGCCGACGUCAGCGAUGAGAAAGCGGAGAGCUUGAAGGCAGAGAGCAGCGGCUCAGCCACGGAGCUGAAGGAGUGCAAAGAGACGGGCAAAGGGUGCGAGGGGGGCAAGGAGCUGGGCGAAGGGACCGGCAGCCAGAACGCGCCCUGCAGCUCCUCCAGCGCCGAGUCCCCCAGCCACCUGCUUGGUGCUGGCAUCAACAAGAGCGAGGUGAAGUACCUGCCGCCAGCCUCCAUCCCGCCGCCUCAGCCGCUGCCUUUCGGCUUCCCCUACACCAUGAGCCCCUACUUCCAUGCAGGCACUAUGGGAGGUCUCUUUCUGGAUGGCGAUGAGAGCCCAGCACUGGAGGACAUCAGCAAAUGGACGGUGGAGGACGUGUGCAGCUUCGUGUCCAACCUGGCGGGCUGCACUGAGUACACUCAGGUAUUCCGUGAGCAGGCCAUUGAUGGUGAGACCCUGCCCUUGCUGACAGAGGAGCACCUGCUGAACAACAUGGGGCUGAAGCUGGGGCCAGCACUGAAGAUACGCUCACAGGUAGGGCCCCUUCCUCAGCUGCACUCGGUCAUUCAGUCUGGUUUCAAGCAGGCUCAUUCCGGCCUCCAAAACACCCCACAAGCUCACCUAUCUACCUGAUGAGCUUCUCAUUGCCUUCCAUUAACUGCCAAUGGGGAGCUGGCUGCAGAGGACACAAUGCACAGAGUGCCAUCCCCAGAGGGUGCCAUGCUGGUAGCUGGUAGCUGGGAUGGCAGCUUGCACGCAGGCACUGCUCACACAGGG